AGAUGCAUGAGCUCGCUGCUACAACUAGAAUACUUAGAUGCUGUGUUAUGUAUGAUGGAACUCCCUUCCAUUACACCGUUCAAUGGCAUUAAAUCUCGCUCUGAUGAUUUUCAGGCUUUGCAUGUUGCUCUCUCAUAUCGUAUUCAUUGGGUUAUAGGUUAUUUUGACCAAUUUCUGUACUUUUACCGAGGAUUCCUUCAUUUCUACGAGAAGACAUUGCCGGAAAAUUGCGGCUACAGUAGUGCGCAGCCGUAUUGGAACUGGUCCUUAGACAUAGAUAAUGGAGCAUCCUUCGCCGAGUCCCCAAUUUUUGAUUCUGUGUACGGGUUUGGUGGGAAUGGAGCAUGUAUCUUCAACUGGACAGGCUUCUUCGGCAACUCAACGCCGACCAACUCUGGCGGCGGAUGCAUCCAGGACGGACCCUUUAUCAGUUACAACCUCUCUGUCGGACCUGGAAGUUCCGUUACCAACCAUUGUAUUAGGCGAAACUUCAACAACAACUCUGCCCGCUGGGGAAAAGUGACGCAGGUUGCGAACACUACCAAGCAGUCCAACUUUGAGGCGUUCCGCCAGGAGGCUGGGGGCGUUUUCAGACCUCCACCAAACAAAAUUCAUGGCUCUGGACAUGGAAUGAUAAGCGGAGAGAUGGGUAACGUCUUCUCAAGUCCCGGGGAUCCGCUCUCCUAUCUCCACCACGCAAACCUUGAUCGUGUCUGGGCAUUUUGGCAAAACAUUGGCCUGGAAGCUCGCGUCAGGGAUAUCUCUGGGUACACGACGUCUGGGAACCGUUUGUGAAUGUCACCUUGGACUACCAGCUAAAUUACUCUACCCUUGGCUCUCCCGACACCAAUUCGAGAUGUGAUGUAUACACGAAGCGCCACAUUAUGUUAUGAGUAUAUCUAAAUCCACGAUCGCGGUUGCGAGAGGAACGAGAUUCAGGGGGGAAUAUUUUCGGUUGUAAUGAAAGUUGAAGGACUGGAAUAUUGAAGUUUAGAAUAGUGUGGUGGGGAUCGAGCUGACUUUCGGCUACUCACGUGUUCACUCGUGAUAUCCUAGCUCCCUACUCCCUUUUGUAUUUAGUCUUCUU